AUGAGUCAAUGGAUAGGAGAAACUAUCAAUCAAUAUGUGGUAGACAUAGUGGCUUUGUUUAAAUGUAUAUCCAUAGAAGGUAAUUAUUACUCUGAUGCUAUGCAAGCGCAGAUUUUUGUACAAGGAUUAUGA